CCCAGGUUUGCCAGGAAGUAUGAGCAACACAAAUCUGGCCGUUACGGACAUGCUUUCCCAGCAGGUCGACCGGGAGGAUCGGGCACAGUUGAUGCGGGCAGUAACCACCGGCUUUUCUGUGGAAGCCGGAGGAUUUGAAGACGAGGAGGACUACCAAUUCGACUUCUACGCCUGGCUGUACACGCGGAAGAUUCUGAUAUGGUACAUUUCAUCAUCCUUGUGCGACUUUGCUGAACAAGAAACCACCAUGGCAAUCUGAGGUCUACUGCUUUUGUUGUGAAAAAUUUGCAAAUUUCCAUUUCCCCACCACAGGCUCUUCCUCGAGGAGCCCUUUCUCUCCCGCCGCACGACCAUGUAUUCCCUGUGCAUCCUGGGCUGCAUUGUCACCGCCCUGUUUCUGUCCAUUCAGAAUUUGAAGUACACGUUUGUCCCCGACGCGGACAACUUCCUCUUCCAGGAGGGCGAUUUAUCGGAAGACCUGUCCCACGGCGACACUGCGGCGUGGUUGAAAAUGAUCACCGUGACGGUUUUAACCCUAGAAACCAUCGUCCGCGUAAUCGUGGUGCCGGUGAAAUCCGUGUUUUUUCUGCAGCCCUACGGAAUUUGCGACAUUUUCGCGAUUUUACCCUUCUGGCUGAACGACGUGUGCAAGUUGUCGGAACACGUCCGGAUCUUCCACAUAUUAACCCUCUUCUCCUCCCUAUUCUGGCUGCUGAAGCUCUGCCGCUACUUCUCGGGCUGGCACUUGCUACACAGAAGUUUAUCGGACUCGAUGCGGGCACUGCAGAUCCCGGCGUUUUUCUUGCUCAUCAUCGUGUUCAUCGGCUCCUGCAGCAUCUUCUGGGCCGAGCAGGACGUGACGGAAUUCUGCGGUCCGGAGGUGAACGUGCAAGACUACUUAACGGAGUCCGCGGCCCAGGAAGACUGUGGCAGGCAGGUGAAUUCUCU